AUGGAUCGAUAUGUGUCAAAGAAAAGGCCGCGGCCCAUUUCACCCUCUCACCCACAGCCGCCUCCAAACCUCGGAGAUACCACGGGUUUCGAGGAAGACUCAACCGACGUGAAAUUAGCCCAGCUCAUGUCACUUUUUCCGGAGAUUACUCAGGAAACUCUUAUUGAUGUUUUGGUUUCAUGUGGAGGAUCCGUCAAAUCUGCCUCGUCUACAAUAGCAGCGCAAUUCUCGGCCCACCUCCCUAAGAAAAGGACCGUUCUUGGAGGCACGGCGAUUCAAUCGUCCCUAUCAUCACAUGUGCUCUCCCCUGGAAAAGGACCGACCGCACCAAAAACUCCUCGUACCAAGAAAGGGCAGACCUUGCAUCUCUUCUCCCCUGAAGAUAUUGCCACUGAAACUCCGUGUACGCUGAUCCACAACUUUCUGCCGGCAGAGCAGGCAAAUGCACUUCUUUUGGAACUCCUAGAUGAAUCCAAGCACUUCUCCAGGUACAAAUUUCAACUGUUCGAGCGGACUGUGGAGAGUCCCCACUCAGCCAGUGUAUAUGUAUCUACGCCUGAGGAGUAUAAGCAACACACAUCGGAAUACACAUAUGGCGGCACCUAUCGCUCCAAUGUGCGGCAGAUCACUCCGCACAUGCGCGUAGUUUCUGCCAAAGUCCAACGUGCCGUGAAUCAAGCGGUCCAAAACCGGAUCCGAGACUUUUACCCGGAUAGUCAAAAGCUCAAAUAUCAGUCUCCCAAAGAAUGGCAGCCUAAUGCGGCAUUUGUGAAUUGCUACGAUGGUCCGGCGGAGAGUGUUGGGUACCACUCCGACGAGCUAACCUACCUCGGUCCUCGGGCUAUCAUUGGAAGUCUCAGCCUGGGUGUAGAACGUGAAUUCCGUGUCCGAAGGAUUGUGCCCUACGAUCAAGAAGAUGACAAAGAUCAAGACCCUCCGACGUCGGGCUCGGAAUUCAUUUCCGAGUCAAAACGAUCCCAGAAAGCUGCGGAUGCUCGAGCAGACGCGCAGGGCCAGAUUUCGAUCCACCUGCCCCACAACUCUCUUCUUGUCAUGCAUGCUGAGAUGCAGGAGGAAUGGAAGCACGCCAUUGCCCCGGCACAGACCAUCUCACCACACCCGCUAUCGGGGAAUCGCCGUAUCAACAUCACCUAUCGGUGGUAUCGCGAAUCGUUGCAUCCGCGAAACACGCCUCGGUGUCACUGUGGCCAGCAUGCCAUCUUGCGGUGUGCUCAGCGCAAGCGCGCGUCAAAAGGCAGGUAUAUGUGGAUGUGUUACGCCGGGUUUGCUCCUGGGAAGAAAUCUUGCGGCUUCUUCCAGUGGGCGGAAUUUGAUGAUGAUGGAGAACCUAUUUGGGGAAAGGGAGAGGCGAAGGAUAAUGCACCGUUAUUGAGAAACUUCGUAGGCGACGAAAAACUUUGCGACAAGCCUUAA